CCUUAGCCGAGGCAGCCUCAGCCGAGGCAGCCUCAGCCUCACCCGCGUCCGGCAGCGCCGCCGCCAUGAAGCGCGACCCGCAGCGCCCCGAGGAGGGACCGAGCUGGCCCGAGCAGCCGCCGGCGACGCUGGCCUCCCUCCUUUCAUCUUCUGCCCCGGAGGAGGCGGAGGGCGCGGAGUUGAAGCUGACGCCGCCGGUGUGGAUCUUCGGGUACGGCUCGCUGGUGUGGAGGCCAGGUUUCGAGUUCACAUCGAGCAAGGUGGGCUUCAUUCGUGGCUACAGCCGCCGCUUCUGGCAAGGGGACACCUUCCACCGCGGCAAUGAGAGGAUGCCCGGCCGGGUCGUGACGCUGCUGGAGGACUGCGGGGCAUGUACAUGGGGUGUAGCCUAUGAAGUCCGUGGGGAGCAAAUUGCUGCAUCACUUAAGUAUCUCAACAUGCGAGAAGCUGUGCUGGGAGGCUAUGACACCAAGCUGGUGAAGUUCCACCCUCAGGAGAAAGAUGGAGGAGAACCCAUUCUGGCUCUUGUUUACAUUGCCACACCCCAGAACCCAUCUUACCUCGGCCCAGCAUCUGAAGAGGACAUUGCUGCUCAAAUCAUUGUCUCAAGUGGUUGUGCUGGUCAUAACAUUGAGUACUUGCUGAGACUGGCAGACUUUAUGCGCUACUUUUGCCCUCAAGCAGAGGAUAAGCAUCUCUUCUCCAUUGAAGAGGCUCUUAUUUCCAUCCUUCCAUGCCUGUACUACACAGAGGACUCUCUAGACGAAACUGCAAGUGUCUCACAGAAGUCUAAAAGUUGAAAAAAUUUUUGCAGGGUCCCAGCAGAAGGGACAUAAGGGAGAAAGCAAUGGGGACAGUCUUAACUCUGACAAAAUAUACUGGACUGAGUAGGGAGGAUCAGCAAGUAGCAGGGGAGGGAAGAAGUGGAGUAAAUCACAGUUGCUAUAAAGGACUUGCAAUUAGUACCUGUUACACUCCUUACCUGUAGCACCAUGAUAGCCAUCACAGCUUUCUAGGUGGGGAGCAGGGCUCUUUGCUGGAACUUUGCUCUGUAAGACGUGCUUUACAGGGGGUCAAACCUGAAUGAAGCGCUGACUUUCUUUAGAGAAGAAGGAGGCUCAUCUAUUCUGUGCACUUUUUUUUUCUUUUAAUGACUAGUUGAGCAGGACUUGACUGGAUUUAAGCAGUGUGUAUGUAAUUCUACCUCAAAUUGGCAAAAAACUGUUUGCCUGAUGGUGGAGACUUGGGCAGGUUCUGCCAAGUAAGAUUAAACCAAAAAUUACUGCCCCUGCCAUGUCCCACCUCCAGUACAAUGACUUAACACUAAAUUUCAGGACUUCUGUGCAAUAUUAAGUGAACAGACCUCUGUAGGCUCUUAUGGAUCCUACUUCCUUGUGUUGUGAAGGAUCACAGUAGUGCACUUCUUUUCUAAAACUUAUUUAUUGUGUGUUGUAUUUCCCCUGAGGAGGGGGUAUCCAAACUGUUCACGUGCCACAGUGGUAUGCAGCCCACAGUCAACCUUGCAUUUGUGCCUUCUAGUUUUAAAUGGGUUCUCUGAGAAGCUAAGCCUGCUUUAGUGACAGAAGCUUUUCUCCAAGCUUCACUGACCUUGUGCUGCUACAGACUUACCUGAUUCUGUAAGAAAGGGUCGUGCUUGUGUAGGCAGUCUGUGCUGCCUGCAGGAAAGCUGUUGAGAUGCAGCAGCAUUUCAACGAGCCCUUCUACUGGAUAAACCUCUGGUGCCUCAGGACAAGAGGGACUUCUUUAGAAACAUUUGAGAGCUCUAGUUCUGUACUGAGGCAUUUGGUCCACUCUGACAGAGUGUAUUGGCAGGCCUCUGAGCUAUUGAAAAGCUGGCCUUGAUAAUGUCGAGCAUAGGCACUGCUGCAAGCUCAGACUUCUCAACUUCACAUAGUAACAGCAUGAAACCUCACAGUAUUUUGUAAGAAAACUGCUGCUACUGCAGCAAAACAGCUCCUGAGAGCUGACCCCUGGGAUGUUUGACUCCAACUGCCACGUGGGGAGUUGUUCCAAGGAGGGGUAGGGACUGUUUGUAUUACUGUGGCUUGUAUGUCUAUGAAACAGUACUGUGCAGUGCCCAGUAAUAAAGCACGCUGGCAAAGUUA